AUGGAUUAUCGAGAUGAAGAGAAACUUCUUUAUGCAGACUAUUAUAAUCUUUUGAAAUUCGGAAGGAUGGGAGUGCCUAGUUCUGAACUGAGCAGAUCACUUAAUGAUUCAGCUGACUUAAGUCUGUGCUCAUCCUGUGAAACACCGUCAUCUCCAUCAUUUGAUCCAGAUAUAUCGUACGAGGAUGACUACUUAGAAAAUUACUUAAGGGAUGUGUCUUUUGGAGAUGAUGAUGUGUUCCUAUCAAAUUCACUUUCAGUAUCCCCACAAUAUGCUGAUAAUUCAGCUAACACAACAAUCCAAGGUGCAGGAUCUUCAAUAUGUGACCGAACCAUUUCAUAUGAGGAUGACUAUUUGGAAAAUUACUUAAAGGAUGUGUCUUAUGGAGAUGAUGAUGUGUUCCUACCGAAUUCUGCCACAUGUCGGAGCCAAGAUUCAGUGGAUGAUGAGGAUAGCAUGCCCUUGAGGAGACAUUCUACUAGAUGGGAUUUGGCAAAUCUCUCAUCUUCAUCAAGUGCAGAUACAGGUUCGAGACCUAUGACCAGAUAUGAUGGGGCUUGGGAUUUAGCAAACAUCUCAUCAUCUUCAAUAAAUUUCCAAAAGGCCACUAGGUCUUCAUGUCCCUUGCCCAGGAAGAAGAAGCGUAUGGCACAUCGUUCAAGAAGGUCACAUUCAGGCUACUUUGCCAAUCUCCCAAGCUCAGGGACAAAUACCUCUGGAGUGGACUUCGAUUUGACUGCAGGUUCAAAUACAACAUUCGGAAAACUAUUGGAAGAAGUCUGA